GGCGGCCAUAAAUCACGGCGGGCAGAGCCCCCGCCCUGCCGCCGCCCUCCGCCGCCGCCGCCCGGGGGACCGGGGAGGGGGGGGCAGAGCCCCGCCGCCCUCCGCCGCCCCCGCCCCCAGCCCCUGCAGAUGUGGCGGAGCGGCCCGGCGGCCCGGCAGCGGGGGGGCCCGCUCCGCCAAGCCCCGCUCCCCGCCCCGCUCCCCGCCCGCCGCCGGCGCUGAGCCCCCGCCGCAGUGACCCCCGGCUGUCCCCCCGCAGCGCCCUCCCUGUCACCAUGCACUCGCUGGAGGAGCCGCUGGACCUCAAGCUGAGCAUCUCGAAGCUGCGAACCGCCCGGGAGAAGCGCGGUGUCCCCGGUCCCCGGCCCCGCGCUCCCCAGCGCCCAGAUGCCCCGCCGGCCGGGGAUGGCCGUGGAGGGGGCCGUGGGGGUCGCCGGGCUAUGCCAGCCUCACCAUCCCCAGGCCUCCUGGCACACUCCAGGCUGGUGGAGCCGCGGGAUGGACGGUUCUCAGCCGUGCCCGUGGUGGAUCUCAGCCUCUCGCCCCGCUCCGGUGAGGAGUCUCCGGCCGGCAGCGCCUCCUUGUCCCCCGAGCGCCAGGGCAGCGGGGACCUGCCCGGACCCCUCACCCCCCAUGAUUUCCAGUCCCUGCGCUAUAUUGACGGCCUCCCCAGCUCCUUCCAGUUCUUCCUGCCUCUGGGGGCUGGGGGGGCCCUGCACCUGCCCCCUGCUGCCUUCCUGCCCCCAAACAAGGAGAAGCGUCUCCCCCCCGAGCUGCCCCUGCCCAAGCAGCUCGUCUGCCGCUGGUCCAAGUGCAACCAGUUCUUUGACCUCCUGCAAGACCUGGUGGACCACGUCAAUGACUUCCACGUCAAACCCGAGAAGGACGCGGGGUACUGCUGCCACUGGGAGGGCUGCGCCCGCCACGGCAGGGGCUUCAAUGCCAGGUACAAGAUGCUGAUCCACAUCCGGACACACACCAACGAGAAGCCGCAUCGCUGCCCCACCUGCAACAAGAGCUUCUCCCGCCUGGAGAACCUGAAAAUCCACAACCGCUCGCACACAGGCGAGAAGCCCUACAUCUGCCCCUACGAAGGCUGCAACAAGCGCUACUCCAACUCCAGCGACCGCUUCAAGCACACCCGCACGCACUACGUGGAGAAGCCCUACUCCUGCAAGAUGCCGGGCUGCCACAAGCGCUACACCGACCCCAGCUCCCUCCGCAAGCACAUCAAGGCCCACGGCCAUUUCGUCUCCCCCGAGCACUCCGAGAUGCUCAAGGUCCACCCGCCCCCCAAGACACCCCUGGGGCCAGCAGAGCUGCCCUACGUUAACGGGGGCCAGCUCGUCAUCCCCAACCCCGCCGCUCUCUUUGCUCCCCCGGGGUUGCCCGCUUUGCCCAUCCCUUUGGCUCCGGCACCGCUCGACCUCAGCACCUUGGGUUGUGGGGCCGCGGGGGCCCUGCCCGCCCUGCCCGGCCCCGUCCUGCCCCUCAAUGGCGGCCCCUUGAACUUGACCAAGAGCCCCCUGCUGCACUCACCCUUCGCGGCGGGGCUGGGGCUGCCCGUCAUGUCGCUGCUGGCCGGCGGGGCCAAGGCCGAGGGGGAGAAGGGUGGUGGGGUCGAGGGGCGGCCGCCCAAGGCGGGCAAGGGGCCCGAGUGCCGGAAGGAAAGGGGUGAACGGACGGAGCCGGGGCGGCCGCGGGGCCCCCCCGAGAGCCUGGCGCUGCUGCCGGGGGCCGUGCUCGACCUCUCGGCCGGUGUGGGCUCCGCGGGCAGCCCGGAGGCGCUGCCGCCAGGCUGGGUGCUCAUCCCCCCUGGCUCCCUGCUGCUCAAACCUGCCGCCGUCAACUGAGGGCCACGACGAUGCCCCGGGCCAGGUACCGGCCCGGCGGGCAGAUCCCACUCCCGGGGGUUGAGAGGGGGGUGGGAAUCACCCCCUCUGCCACCCACCCCCCCCUUCCCUCCCCCCCAGCCCUGGCAGGGCCUCGCUCGUGCUUUUAACCCUCACGAAAGAAGAAUGGACUCUUCUGAGAAAAGCAAUAAUCCCUCAGUGGCGGGAGGCGGCUGCAGCCCCGUGCUGGGGGCAGCCCUGGGGGCACACGGGGGUGUCCCCCCAACCAUUCCCUCUGCCCUGGGCAGCUGGAGACGCCGCUAUUUAUUUCUUGACCAGCCACCUGCUUAGACAGGGCCCCAGUUGGGCUCAUCUGCUGCCACUGACUCGGCAUCUGCCUGCCCAGGGCCUUGGUGCUGGCAUGGAGGGGGGCUGCAGCCCCCCCCCCCCCCCCUCACUGUGGGGACAGCAGGGUGACAGCUCAGGGUUGGGGGGAGGUCACAGCCCCAAGCUGUGUUGUCCCACCCCACCUGGCUGGCAUGGCUGUGGGCAGCAUCACGGUCCCUGCUGUGCCAGGCCCAGCUGGCUGGGCACACACACCUGCCCGGUGCUCCCCUGCGUCCCUCCCGCUCGGCAGCCACCCUUGCCCCCUGCCACCUCCCGGCUCCCCCUCCACCCCCCCCGUGACAAGGCACACGGCCACGUUGUGCCGCUCACCACGCCGGGCCAGAGCCCCCAACUGUAGCUACGUUCAUACCUAACCAUGUACCGCCAGCCUGCGGGCAGCGCGGGCAGGGCGGCGGGCACCCGCUCCUGGGGGGCACCCGCUCCUGGGGGGCACCCGCUCCUGGGGGGCACCCUGCCCCCCACCUCACCCCGGGCCACGGGGCAGCGCCCAGAGCCCUCAGCCUGCCUGGCAGAGCGCGGAGCCUCCCCCAGCACACACCAGGGGUCCCACAGACCUCCCGCUGCCAGCCAGGACCCCCACCCACGGCUUUCUCUGAACUUGGGGGGGGGGAGGGGAGGGUCUCCCUGCCCCUGCCCGCAGGGAGCCGGUCUCCCUGCCCUCACCUGGGGGGCUGGGGUGGUGCUGCCACAGCCCCGUGUGGCCACGGGCCAUCGACCAGGCCGCCCCGGCCGGUGUUCGCUGUACGUCCCCUCGCUCCUUCGUCGGUUUGUUGUUGCACAUUCCAGGACAUCAGUAUUUUAACGGUCUCGAAAGUGCCUUUUCUAUCGUAGUUUCUGGGUUGUUUUUAUUUUCCUCCCGUUGGGCUCCAUCGCUGUUAGCGUAGCGUUAAGGACUGCAGAAGUAAGAGAUAAGCUAACGACUAUAACACUAUAUUCCUCCAGGGGAGAGGAAGUUUAUUAAGAAAACAAAACAAUAAAAGUGAAGUUGAAGUAA